AUGGCGGCCCAGAUGCUCCGUGACGAGAUUCCUUCGUUCAAGAAGGACGACAGCUUCGGCAAGCCCACCACCAGCAUAGAGGACCGAGUAAAGUCGAUGUCUAAAAAUACUAGACCUCACUCCGAGAAGGUGUACUUUGUCGAUGAAGAAAGCAACGAGCAGCUCCAAGACUCUGAGGCCAAAUCCGCCAGAGUAACAACGUUCGAAAUCAGUCUCGAGACAUGCAGUGACUUUCUCUUCACUGAGUACUACAUUUUAGUAACUGGGCAAGUUCGCGUGAUGGAUCUCGCAACCGUUCUCGGAACUGACCAGUUUCGAAACCUCUUGGCUCUUGGUGUCAAGGAUUGGGACCCCUAUCUAUUGGAUCUUCACUACCACUCUGACUUCUCUGGGGAAUAA